UUAUUAAUACUGAAUCAAUGCUUAAAUACAAAGGUAGACCAUCAGACACAACAGUCGUUCCAGUUUCAUUAGUGUUUCACCAUGAGGACUCUUACUGCUCUGCUUGUAUUGACAUGCACUCUUUAUCAAGCUGAUGGAAUGAGUGUACAGGAUAACAUGCAAAGGUCUUCACGGAAGACACGCGACGCUAAUGCCCCAGCACCAAUUGAAUGCAAAAUGAGUCCUUGGUCCCAGUGGACUUCUUGUGACCCAUGCACUAGAAUUAAAUAUCGCUCAAGGGGUAUUGAGGUUUUUGGGCAGUUUCAAGGAAGUAGGUGCAUAGAACCUAUUGGAGAUCGCGAACCCUGCGUUCCAUCUACUAAAUGUGAUGAGGACCCUCCACCUGUCUGCAAAAGUUCUCAAUGGCAGUGUGAAUCACAGAACUGUAUAAACAAGAAUCUAAAGUGUAACGGAGAUGACGACUGUGGCGAUGGGUCUGAUGAGGACGAUUGCAAUGUCGUAAAAGAACCUUGUAGACAGCCAACUGUCGAAUCCGACAUUGCCUUGCAUGCAGGAUACGGAAUAAAUAUUCUGGGAUCUGGACCUCGAAUGAAUCCCUUCAAUAACAAAGUUUACAAAGGUCAAUGUAAUCGGGUCAGGGAACCAACCUCAUCGGAAAUGAUCAGACUACCAUGGAACCUUGGAGUUCUCAACUAUGAGACAAAAGUGGAAGAGACAACUUCUAAGGAGAUGUAUGAAGAUGUUCACUCUUUAAUAAAAGAAUUAAAUAGUGAGACCACCAUAAGUGUUGAUUUGGGGCUGAGUUUAAAAUAUACACCCACUGAGUCCUCCAGUAAAUCUGGUGAGAGCAAUGGUGAGGCUACUGGUAAUGCUACUGCUGGGAGUGGCAUGGCAAGUGCUGCCGGCUCUGGCCUUAAUCUCAGGGGCUCAGGAGGGAUUGAUUUUGGAUAUUCAAGAACAAAUAUGAUUAAACAGAUCUCAGAAUACACAGAAACCAAGAGAAAGGUCUUCAUGAGAGUGAAAGGCAGAGUACAGCUGGCUACCUACAGGAUGAAGCAGCGGGGACUGGAGGUUGAUCAAUUGUACCUGAAUGAUGUGGAUGCACUGCCACUUGAAUAUGAGAAGGGACCAUAUUUCGCUUUCUUGGAGGAUUAUGGAACACACUACACCAAAAAUGGAAGGUCCGGCGGAGAAUAUGAGCUUGUUUACAUUUUAAAUUACGAUGAGGUCAAAAACAAAGAGAGUAUGGAAACCCAGCUGAAGAAUUGCUUCGAGGUUAACAUUAAAGGAACGUUGGGAACAUCCAACAUGGAAGGAGACCUGGGAGUUAAACCGAAAUACUGUACUGACCUAAAACCCAAGGACACAGAUGACAAAUCUAAAAAGGGGAUUGUUGAAAAGGUGCUGAUCUCAGUGAAAGGGGGCAGUGCAGUAACAGCGAUAGCCAUGAAGACACAGCUCACUAAAGAUAACGUGCUGGACAUUAAUCGCUAUAUAGCAUGGGCAGAGACCCUCUCUCAACUUCCUGCUCUCAUUCACAGCGAUCCUGAACCCAUCUACAACUCCAUUCCUUUGGAUUUUCUCGAUGGUCAGUCAAAACGAGACAAUCUCAGAAAGGCCCUGGAUGACUAUGUGGCUGAGUACAGUGUGUGUAAGUGUAACCCAUGCCAGAACGGCGGUACUGUUAUCCAGAUCGAUGGAGAGUGUAAAUGCUUGUGCCCACUGGGGACUGAGGGAGUCGCAUGUCAGGUGAUUGACAAAGAACUUGCGAAAGGUAAAGAAUUUCAACAGCGGGGGAACUGGGGCUGCUGGUCCGCCUGGACCGGAUGCUCUGUGGGACGCCGCAGUCGGACACGUACCUGUAAUACACAAGGUGUCACUAAUGCAAUUUGCAAAGGAGAUACAGCCAGUGAAGACUACUGCUAAAAUUCUAUACAAACAUGUUUGGGCAAAUGAAUGUAAAAGAAAUAAACUCAUUAAAGGAACAUGUAAAUUCGGAA